AUGAAGCUGCUGCUGCUGAGCCUUGGGUCGGUCCUGGCCUAUGCGCUGCAGGACCGCAGCGAGGCACCUGUGCAGCCAGGCUUCCAGCCCAAGGAGGUGGAGGGGCCCUGGCACACCCUUGAGCUGGCCGCCACUAACAGGUCUGCGAUUGUGGAAGGGGGCUCCUACCGGUGCUUCAUGAUCGGCGCCAGAAUCUUGGGGAACGGGAACCUGAAUGUCACCUACUUCCAAAGGAACGCGGAUGGGAAGUGCGUGAAGGAAUUCUUCAUUGGGGAGAAGACUGACACCCCCGGAGUCUACACCUUCGAGUACAAAGGCAAGAACGUCCUGACUUUUGUGGCCGUGGGCAGUGACUUUGCUGUCAUGGACUUCGAGAACAACAGCCUGGACCUCGUGGUGGUUGAGCUGCAGGCUCGGCCUCCGCUUCUCUCGGUGAGCCCACCUGGGAGGGAGGCCUACAGUGAGCACCUAUCCAGACGAGGCAUCGGGUUGGAUAAUGUGGAGGACCUGACUGUGCAGGCACGAUGCCCCUCCCUGGGCUCCUAGGUCCCCGGAGCACGACUGCAUCCCGAGCCAGUGUCUCUUGCAGCCUCCGCUUCCAGACCCCUGCCC